CUCAACCAUAACUCCUCGUAAGUCCAGAACACAAAACCAUAUACGGACUUCUGUCUCUGUUGUGUCCACUGCUUUUCCUAGAAGCUUUUAACAAACGAUAACCAUUCAUUUUCUUGGCUCCUGACCCCAAAGAGUGCAGGCUCUCUUAUCCGAAGCCACACAAUCAGAUUGGUGAAUAAAAUAAAAAUAAUAAUUAUUUUUAGCAGAGGAACCAACAAAAAUUAGCGCGAAUCUGAAACAGAUAAAUCAAUGGCCAGAACACAACUCGCCCAUCAAAAUUUCCGGCUAAAUGUCGCCGUUGGUUUUACUUCCUGUCAACUGGUUGCCAGAGGACCCACUAGACUUCCUCUCCCUCCAAAAGUUUUUAAGACAAGAAAUUUAGUCGUUAAGAAUAACGAAAAUUUGAAAUGGGCACUUAGGCUAAGCGUGGUGGACCAAAGCAGCCCGCCUAGAUCAACAGUGGAGGUGGAACGGUUAGUGGGUUUUUUGUAUGAUGAUCUCCCCCACCUGUUUGAUGAUCAGGGGAUUGAUCGGACGGCGUACGAUGAGCAGGUCAAGUUCAUGGACCCCAUUACUAAGCAUGAUACCAUAAGCGGGUAUCUCUUUAACAUCUCGCUGUUGAAAAUACUCUUCAGGCCUGAUUUUCAGUUGCACUGGGUCAAGCAGACAGGACCAUUUGAGAUAACCACAAGGUGGACUAUGGUAAUGAAGUUUGUUCUUCUGCCAUGGAAACCAGAAUUGAUAUUUACUGGCACCUCUGUUAUGGGAAUUAAUCCAGAAACUGGGAAGUUUUGCAGCCAUGUGGAUUUUUGGGAUUCCAUAGUGAACAAUGACUAUUUUUCACUGGAGGGUUUGUGGGAUGUAUUUAAGCAGUUACGGGUUUACAAGACUCCUGACUUGGAAACGCCAAAAUAUCGGAUACUCAAAAGAACUGCAAACUAUGAGGUUAGAGAGUAUACCCCAUUUGUUGUGGUAGAAACUAAUGGAGACAAGCUUUCUGGGUCCUCUGGCUUCAAUGACAUUGCUGGAUAUAUUUUCGGAAAAAAUUCCACAACAGAGAAGAUACCUAUGACAACUCCUGUUUUCACUCAGGCAUUUGAUGCUGAUAUGUCAAAAGUAUCCAUCGAAAUAGUGCUUCCACUGGACAAAGAUAUCGACAGCUUACCAGAUCCUAAUCAAGAAACGGUUAGCUUGAGAAAGGUAGAAGGAGGCAUUGCUGCAGUACUGAAGUUCAGUGGAAAGCCUACCGAGGAAAUUGUUUAUGAAAAAGAGAAAGCAUUGCGCUCUAGUCUUAUCAGCGAUGGUCUCAGGCCUAAGAAAGGUUGUUUGCUGGCUCGAUACAAUGAUCCAGGCCGAACAUGGAGCUUUACAAUGAGGAAUGAGGUACUGAUAUGGCUUGAGGAGUUUUCACUGGAUUAGUAUGCUCACGGUCAUACCAAGUCAAACUCCUUCGCCUCGAAGUUCCCUCGAUACUUUGAUCUGAAAAUUGCCAAUGAAUGUACUUGUACAGGCAUGUAUCAUGGGACACCUAUUUUGCUGGUUCACAUUCUCAAAUGUUCCUAUUUGAAUUGUGAAACGACUAUUCACAGAUUACGUUAUAACACAUUAUCUAAAUAUCUGAUUAUUCAAA